UCGGGCUGCAGUGCAUGUGGAGACGCGGUGUGAGCGCAUGUGUGUGUGCAUUCGUGCUGUUGGGUUCGAAUGUUUUCGGUGAUGGCUCGGUGUGGUGGUGCGGUGUGUAUCGGACUCACACUGGUCUGUGUCGCGGUGUGUGUGAGCGGACUGAGUCGCUCUGAACUGUUCCUGUAUGGAGGUCAGGCUGGUGAUCAGAUCCUCAGGUCCGGUACUGAUGAGAACAAAGUGGUGAUACUGGACCGAGCUCUGAUCUUCUUCGAUGACGAGUUUGAGAAAGUUUACGUCGGCACCAAUGGCUUCGUUUCAGUGGCUGAACCCAAACCUCAGUCCGAAUAUUUGGGGAAGAUGCCCGCCAGCUUUGGCACCAUUGCAGCCUUUCUGGGGAACCUAGACACCAGCGAUGGGGUUGGGAAGGUCUAUUUCAGGCAGGACACCGAUCCAGAUGUUUUGCAGCAAAUAAGCAGGCGUGUCAGCCAGGCUUUCCCAGACGAGGACACGAUCCAGCCUGUUAAUGCCCUCAUAGUAACGUGGGAGAACGUGGCAGCGACGGGAGCUCCAGAGAGAGGUGACGGGGCUUAUAAAAGGAGAAACACAUUCCAGCUCGUCUUGGCAUCCACAGCACUGAGCACCUACGCCAUCCUGCUCUACCCUAAAGACGACAUGCACUACUUUUCCACUCCUGUAAACGGCGAGGAUCAGCUGGUUGAAGCUGGCUUUAGCAAAGGUGAAAUUCAGGGCUGGUUUAGUAACUCACAGGGCGAGUAUCAUCGAAUUCCCUCUGAGGAAAAGGACUCGAUCCGAAAUCUCCCAGUACUAACAAACUCGGGCACGGCUGGCGUGUGGGUGUACAAGAUUGGCUCCUCUGUCUUAUCCGACAUUAUACCUGGUCGUGUCACCACUUUAACUACAGAGUAUAGCGGGAGCCACCAGGACGUCUAUGAGACCCCAGCGCCCAGGAAGGAGGCCCCCGAGUAUCCGAAAUCUGAGCCUGAAACACCAGAAUCAGAAAACACACCAGAGGACAUCACAUCAGCCGAAGAAAUUUUACCAGAAUCCGUACCGAUAGAGGAAAACGUGCAAGUCAUCCAGGACGAGUAUCAGACAACUUACAAGCAAAGUGCAUCGCUGGAUACUGAGCCUCAACAGAAUCAUCCGUAUCCACGCGGGCCCCGGCCGCACAACCCACAGGUGGUGGUCAUCGAUGAACAGGAUGAAGAUAUAAACGUUAAUGUGUUUUCCUACUAUGAGAAAUGCUCCACCAGCGCACACAAGUGUCCCAGUUCGGCGGACUGCCGCGAUUAUGCAACAGGGUACUGCUGCCACUGUAAGCCUGGCUUUUAUGGCAGUGGGAAGGACUGUGUUGCUGAAGGUAAACCACAGAGGAUGAACGGAAAAGUAAACGGCAGAAUCUACGUGGGCGGCUCGGCUUCUCCUGUGGAGUUUUCUAAUAACGACCUGCACUCGUAUGUGGUGGUCAAUGAUGGUCGAGCGUAUGUUGCUAUCAGCAGCAUCCCAUCUACUCUUGGGCACUCCCUGCAGCCCCUGUCCUCACUCGGUGGGGUCAUCGGGUGGGCCUUUGCCCUGGAACAGCCAGAAUACCAGAAUGGCUUCAGACUCAUUGGAGGGGUUUUCACUCGCCAGGCCGAGGUGACCUUUCAGCCGGGCGGUGAGAAGCUCACCAUCACUCAGGAGUUCAAAGGGAUCGAUGAGCACGACCACCUAGUGGUGAGCACACGGCUGGAGGGCAGGAUCCCGGAGGUACCGCCCGGUGCCAGCAUCCAGAUCGACCCGUACGAAGAGAUCUACCAGUACGCGAGCAACUUGAUCACAUCCUCGUCCACGCGGGAAUACACCGUGAGCCUCCCUGACAGUACUGUGAGGACCAUGACCUACAUUUGGAGGCAGACCAUCUCGUUCCAGAGCUGCCCUCAUGAUGAGAAUGUGCGCUUGGUGCCACCCAGCCAGCAGCUCAGCGUGGAUCAGGUGUUUGUCAUGUACGACUCGGCCAAUCAGCUCAUCCGCUAUGCCAUGACCAACAAAAUCGGCCCUGUCAGCGGCCCCCCGCAGCAGAACCCCUGCUUUACUGGCCGACAUGGGUGUGACAACAAUGCGAUCUGUCGUCCAGGCCAGGGAAACCAGUUUACAUGCCAGUGCGCUGCUGGAUUUGCAGGAGACGGACGCACAUGCUACGAUAUUGACGAGUGUGCGGAGACGCCAGACGUUUGUGGCUCUUACGCCGUCUGUAACAACCAGCCCGGGACGUUCCGCUGUGAGUGCAUGGCCGGGUUCCAGUUCGGUGCUGAUGGGAAAACCUGCGUCCAAGUUCAUCAUGAUAUCGACCACUGUCGGACCGGCUCUCAUGACUGUGAUGUUCCUGAACGGGCACGAUGCAGUUACACCGGAGGCUCCUCGUACGUCUGCUCUUGCCUGCCAGGCUUUGUAGGAGAUGGCAGAGUGUGCCAGGAUAUUGAUGAGUGUCAGACCACUCAGUGCCACAGAAACGCUGUGUGUUACAACUCACCGGGCUCGUUCACCUGUCAGUGCCUGCCGGGCUUUUACGGUGACGGCUUGAGCUGCAAAUCUGAAUCAGAGCACGAGAAGACGCAGUGUGAACAGGAACGAGAGUCAGCACUAGCAGCCUCUUCAUCUGGAGGAUUUGGCAUUUUCCGUCCACGCCCGGCUGUAGGUCAGUACGUGCCCCAGUGUGACCCUAACGGAGACUACACGCCCACGCAGUGCCACGAAAGCAUCAGGCAGUGCUGGUGCGUGGACCGUAACGGCCGGGAGAUCCCCGGAACCCGAGUUGGAGAUGGCAGCCAGCCGAUGUGUUUGGACCAUAACGCGAUUAUCCACCCUGUUGGUCCAACCCCCAGGCCUGAUGUUAGUCCACUGGCUCCAGGAGCAAGUCUGCUGUUUGCUCAAAACGGCAAAAUUGAGCACAUCCCGUUUGAUGGCAACAACAUGAAGAAGGAGGAGGCUAAGACCAUGCUGCACCUACCUGAUAAAGUGGUAAUCGCCGUGGCGUACGACUGUGUGGACAAGAUGGUGUACUGGACUGAUAUCACACAGCCUUCCAUCAGCAGAGCCAGCAUUCAGGGAGGAGAUCCCACCGCCAUCAUCACUAAAGAUUUGGGAAGUCCUGAAGGAUUAGCGAUUGACCACCUGUCCCGCAACAUGUACUGGACCGACUCAGUUUCAGAUCACAUUGAGGUGUCCAGGUUGGACGGAAAGCAUCGGCGUGUUCUCUUCGAUACUGAUCUUGUAAACCCGAGAGCCAUCAUCGCUGACCCCGUGAACGGCCGUCUGUACUGGUCAGACUGGAACCGCAACAGCCCCAAGAUCGAAAUGUCCAACAUGGACGGCACAGACAGGACCUUACUCGUGAAGGAUGGCCUGGAACUUCCUAAUGGAUUAGCGUAUGACCCUCGUGCCAGGCAGCUGUGCUGGGCAGAUGCAGGUUCACGUAAGGUGGAGUGUAUCGACCCGUACACUCGUCUGAGAAAGAAGGUGGUGGAAGGAAUAAACUACCCCUUUUCUAUCGUCUCGUACGGAAGAAACCUCUACUACACUGACUGGAGAAGGGAAGCUGUGGUAUCUGUGGACCAUGUGACAGGGAAAGAGGCCGAAGAGUUCCUGCCUCAGAAGAGAUCACGCCUGUAUGGCAUCACCACCACUCUCCCACAAUGCCCCCAAGAGGUGAACUACUGCUCCAACAAUAACGGUGGAUGCUCACACUUGUGUUUGCCGCGGCCAAACGGUUUCACCUGCCGCUGCCCCGACGCCAGCGACGGCUCGUGUAUCGAGAGGGAUCGUAACCUCUGAGAACGUCAUAAUGAAGAAGACGCAGGCGAGUCGUCAAGAAGCAGGACAGAGACGCCUGUUCAUAAACGAAUUUGAAUCCACACGAUUCAUGAUGGACAAUAAACACUAUGUAUGGUAAUUAGAAAGAGAAGAUUUAUUCCAGACCAACCACUAAACCCCAGUCAUCGUUUUCAUCCCUGGACGCUGCAGAUCUGGUGUAAUGCAGUGUCUGAUUAUAUAAGAGUUCUGUUCAUACUGAGAGAAAAUCUCAAGAUCAAAGAAAGAAAAUGAGUUUUGAUGGACUGCAGAUAAAAGGGAAGAGUUUACAUGGUGCUAUUCAAACUGUUCAAGGGCAACUAGUUAAGCUAGACUAAAUGAUUAAUGAUUACUUAUUCAUUUAUGGCAUUUAGAGCAGUUUAUCCAAAGCAAUACAAUCAUUACCAAAUACAGUUGAAGGAUGUUUAGGGGCCCAACAGUGGCAAUUUGACAUUGGUGGGGCUUGAACCAAAAAUUUAUUGUGAAACUGAGGUCAGUAUAAUUAUAUCAGGUUAUAUUAUUAUUAUUAUUAUUUUGAUUCUGUUAACCAGUACAUGUCCAAAAACUUGAUGUAAAAUGUGGGUAAUAAAGAUCCAUUCGUCUGCAUUUAAAUGUAAAAAGUAAAUGCCAGAGCUUUGCUUUUUUGCUGUGUUUGUGUCAGGAGGUCGGAGGAAGUGUUUUGUUAUUGGAUACUGUUAGAUAUUGUUAUUGCGUUAAGGUUUUUUAUUGGUCAUUAUGCUGUUUUUUAACCCUGUUCCAAAAGAGCCACUUGUAUUGUAAAAUAAAUAAAAUCAAUCUUGCAGUAAUAGGAGACUGAGGUCUUGCAAGAUCUUGUAAGCAGGACAUAAUCUUGUGGGCCUGGGUAAGCCAAUUUCGCGAAAAAGAGGGCAGGCUGGAAGAUACGCGGAGUGGAUGAGAUGGAAUUUUGGAAAGUUUGCAAAAAUUUAACUAUGUGGGAGUGGGCAGGAUAAAAUGUUGUGAAAGUGGUUAGGACAGAAUCUAGCAAUACUUGGCAGGUCAUAAAUCUUGCAGGUCUGAGCAAGGUGGAAUUUUGUGAGACUAGGUGGGUAUAAUUCCUAAAAACGAUCUCUAAACGAACUCCAAACACCAAACAUGUCUUGGCUUAUUGACAUUUAGGGUAAAGAAAAACUGAGUGAAUUAAAAUUUUGGAUAAACAACUACUUUUAAAGUUUACAUCUAUUUAUGAUCUAAUCUGGCCGCGCCGUGCUGGGGAGUGUGUUGAAUGUAGAUGCUUCAUACACUCUACGUUUAUGUGCUUUAAAAAGUUACAUGUACGUGUUGUGUAUUCAGCUGGGGCAGGAAACACUGGGUCAUGUCCACUUCUCUACAGCUGUUUAAUAAAAACAUUUCCUAA